AUGACGGAACUCGAAAAAUUCUAUUACAAUCCCUCGCAUUAUGCUGGAUAUUCAGCGACGGCCAAUUUGUCGCGAGCUGCUAAACCGAAUUUCACGCGUAACGAAGUCAUCGACUGGCUUAAAUCGCAAGAUGCGUACACGCUGCAUCGUCCAGUGCGCCGAAAAUUUCCGCGUUUACAUUAUAAUGUGACAAACAUCGAUGACUUAUGGGAGGCUGAUUUGAUCGAUCUACGUAAUCUUAAAAGCUACAAUGACGGCUAUUCAUAUUUAUUGACGGUUAUCGACGCCCUUAGUAAAUUUGUUUGGGUAGAACCUUUACGUGAUAAGACAGGUAGCUGUGUAGUAAAAGCCUUUCAACGCAUAUUCUCGAGAAACAAUGACCGUUUACCCGUAUACCUGCAAACCGACAAAGGUAAAGAAUUUAUCGCUCGUCAUGUACAAAAUUUCUUAAAAGAAAAAGAUAUUCGUUUUCGCGUAACGCGUAAUCCCGAUAUCAAAGCAGCUAUAGUGGAACGAUUUAAUAGAACGCUCAAGGAACGGAUGUGGCGUUAUUUUACACAUAAAAAUAUGAGGCGUUACAUAGAUGUUUUACAGGAUAUCGUUCGCGCUUACAAUCACACGCGUCACUCCACCAUCAAAAUGCAGCCUGCAGUCGUUACGCUAGAAAAUGCACGUGUAGCGCGUAAAAAUAUGAUUCGUCGUUGGAAUGACAUCAAGCAGAAAAAGAAUCGCGGUCGUAGACAAAAGGCUAAAUAUAACGCGGGUGAUUUUGUACGGGUCAGUAGAGCAAAGAUAGCCUUUGAGAAAGGAUACGAAACAAAGUGGAGCGAAGAAAUAUUUCGAAUUCACCGUGUUCUCGAAUGGAGAAAACCGCGCGUAUACGAACUAAGCGAUUUAGCGGGUGAAGUUAUAGACGGGCUUUUUUACGAACAAGAAUUAGCGCCGGUUAUUAAAGACUUGCAGGGGGAAGAAUUUAUCGUCGAGCGUGUGAUAAAAAGCAAGGGUCGUGGAAAUAAAAAACAAUUAUUAGUUAGCUGGCAAGGAUAUCCUUCAAAAUUCGAUUCUUGGAUACCCGCUGAGAGCUUAAAGAUUUUGGAUAAAAAUGAGGGAGGAUGA